AUGGGCCUGGAGCUCUACCUGGACCUGCUGUCGCAACCCUGCCGCGCUAUCUACAUCUUCGCCAGGAAGAAUGGUAUCCCUUUUGAGCUCCGAAUUGUGGAGCUGCUCAAAGGUCAGCACCUCAGUGAUGCCUUUACCCAAGUGAACUCCAUGAAUAAAGUGCCAGCCUUGAAGGACGGGGACUUCAUCUUGACUGAGAGUGUGGCCAUCCUGCUAUACCUGACCCGCAAAUAUAAGGUCUCUGAUCACUGGUAUCCUCAGGACCUGCAGGCCUGUGCCCGUGUGGAUGAGUACCUGGCAUGGCAGCACACAACCCUUCGGAGAAACUGUCUCCGGACGCUGUGGCAUAAGGUGAUGAUCCCUAUCUUCUUGAGUGAGCCGGUGCCCCCUGAGACACUGGCGGCCACACUGGCUGAGUUGGAGGUAACCCUGCAGCUGCUCGAGGACAAGUUCUUGCAGGACAAGCCCUUCCUCACUGGGCCCCACAUCUCCCUGGCUGACCUGAUGGCCAUCACAGAGCUGAUGCAUCCUGUGGGCACUGGCUACCAGGUCUUCGAAGGCCGACCCAGGCUGGCUGCGUGGCGCCAACGUAUAGAGGCAGCGGUGGGGGAGGAUCUCUUUAAUGAGGCCCAUGAAGUCAUCCUGAAGGUCAAGGACACACCACCUGCGGACCCCACCUCAAAGCAGAAGCUGAUGCCUAGGGUACUGAGCAUGAUCCAGUGA